CCGUCGUCAGGUCCCGACUCCGCCAGGUCCCGCCGCCGCCGCCGAGAUGAUGUGCGGAGCGCCCACCGCCACGCAGCCGGCCACGGCCGAGACGCAGCACAUCGCCGACCAGGUGAGGUCCCAGCUUGAAGAGAAAGAAAAUAAGAAGUUCCCUGUCUUCAAGGCUGUGUCAUUCAGGACGCAGGUGGUCGCGGGGACAAACCACUUCAUCAAGGUUCACGUUGGUGACGAAAACUUCGUGCACUUGCGAGUAUUUGAAAGUCUUCCUCACGAGAACAAGCCCUUGGCCCUGUCUGACUACCAGACCAACAAAACCAAGGGUGAUGAGCUGACCUAUUUCUAAUUCCCCAGCUUGAGUGGGGCCCUUUGCCAUGUGACGGAUACUCAGGAUGAUUCUCCGUCAUCUGCGAGCGUGUACUUGGGAUCAUAAAAUAAGGUCGUCUCUGCGCUGUGCUACCCAGGCUGGAAGGGGCGGUGUUAAGCAGCUUCUCUUGCAUCUCUGCUCCUAAAUGUCACUAUUGAUUUUUUCAUUCCCAAUCAAUGAUCUUAACUUGGUUAUUUUCAAAGAGGGUUAUAUAUGAUCUUUAAAUAUAUAUAU